CCAUAAUUGCAGGUCAAGCUUUCAGAAUGAAGAAGAAGAGUGUUGAAGAGCAAAGGUUAAAGAGUGCUAGAGGACGUGAAAAAAGCUCUGAUGAAAUUUUUGUUUGUGAAAGGGUAUGCACUUCGAAAAGGAUGUUAAAAAAGAAAAGGGAAAUGCGGGACUCAAACUUGUGUCUUGGCCCUAGUUGAGAGAUGCAACUAAAGGUGCAAGUUGCCUUUAAUUAAUGUAUGCAACAUCAAUACUAAGAAGCCUAACAGAUAUUGAGUAUAAGCCAAGGCGGGCACCUGCCACCUAGUCAAAGUUCAUUCUGUCAUCCAGCAUAUCCAAGGUAGGAUUAGUUUAGAUACUUUGUGAACUGUGGACAAGUACAAAUGCUACUUUCAAGUGGUACUGCAAACAUGGUAUCAAGGUCUCUUUUUCUUUUAUUCUUAAUACUCUAAUCUUCAUUAUACACAAUUGGUGAUCUUACACAGUGAGUUCCCGAGUUGUCGGCUACUGGCAGGCAGUUCAAUAUUUGAGUUUUUGCUGCCUUUCUUGGGCGUCUGACUUCUGCGGUGGGAGUAGAAGUUGCUGGAUGUAAUAAUAUGUUUGCAUCUGGAUAUAUAUGAUUUUUCUUGUUUAUACUAUAUGUAUUCUUAUCUCUCAGGUUGGCAUUUUUCCGAUUAAGCUACUAGCCCUCUAGGCAUGAGCUUAUGAAAAUGCGCCACUCCCUUAAUCUCAUCUUUUGUUUCCAAUCCAUCUUAUCUUUGAGGCAAGCAAUUUGCUAAUGAACAACAAGCCAAUUAGGCAUGAACUUAUGAUAACACUCCGCCACCUUCAUCUCAUCUUUCUUGUUUCCAAUCCAUUAGUGAAAGUGGCAAUGCAAUUCUCAUUUUGAGGACUCUUCAACAAGUCUUGCACUUGCACUUGUGGACUCUCUUGUUGAAAGUGUCAUCUAAAGUCCAGGCUCAACAAGGUAGAUGCCAACCCUUAUUUCUGGUUAACAUGUUCUUGUCUUGGCAGCAGCAGCAGCAUAAGUAGCACAUGAGCAUUGGAUGUGUUAAAAAAUCAUCGAAGGCAUUGUGGCCGCCCGAAAUGGCCGUUCUUAUAUCAGAUUCAUUUGGAUUUGUCUAUUGUUUCAUUGGGUUGAGAUCUUGGAGCAAAUUUGAAGUUGGAUUAAUUUUAUGAGCAUUGUGUCAAUAUGGGAAAACAAGGGCCUUGUUAUCAUUGUGGCACUAAUAGCACUCCACUAUGGAGAAAUGGGCCACCUGAGAAGCCAGUGUUAUGCAAUGCCUGUGGAUCAAGGUACAGGAUUAGAGGAAGUCUUGCAAACUAUACACCUAAGCAUGCCCAAGGACAACCAACUGCUAAAAGGGUAAGAAUUAAAUCCAAGUCGGCUCCAAAGAAAUGCAAAUUGAUAAGUACUGAAGAAAACUUCUCCAUUGACGUUUGCCAUUCUCCUGCUUCUGAUGAUUUUACAACCAAUAAAUCUAGCUCAGAAUCUGCAAUAUCAUGUUCCCAGAGCUGCUACAAUGUAAAAGAAGAAGAGAAUGGAGGUGAAAUUCCAGGUGGAAUAAUCCAGGGAAGCUUGUGGAAGUCUGGUAUACCUUCAAGAAAGAGAUCUGUAAAUGUUCAACGCUGUCUUACACCCAUUGAAAGACUUCAAAGGGAGCUUUGCAAUAUUUUGAAGAAUGAUCCUUCCAUCUUGUCUGAAAAUGAAGAGGAUGAUCUUCUCAUUUAUAAUGCAAACAACCUGCAAGUAUCCUGCAAUGAAAUUGGCCUUGGAGGCUUUCUUCUCAAACCCAAUACCACCACCACUACUAUUACUACUACCACAGAAGUUGCACCACCACCAGCUGAGCCUGAGAAACACUCCUCAGCAGUAGAUAUCAAGGAUUCUGCUUUAUUAAGUCUCAAAGUAGAUCCUCAUCAUCCAUAUUAUAUAAGGUGAUUAUUGAUAUCAAUUGAUGGUUUUAAAGCUCUCAUUGGUUAGACUCCACGGUCUUGGGAAGAAAAGGAACGAUAAGGUAUGGUGUUACAUGGAGCUUUGUGGUGGAUUAUGAAUAGGAGGAGCUUGUCCAAAUGGAUGAACCAUGCCCUUGAUCAACAUCUCAAAAAGGCUAAGUGAUGGUGGAUUAUGAAUAAGCAUAACUUCUCCAAAUGGAGAAACAAGAUCCUCGAUCAAGAUCCCAGAAAGGCUAAGUGAUAGUGGAUUAUGAAUAAGUGGAGCUUAUCGAGAUGGAGGAAGGCGAAGCUUAUCCAGAUGGAGGAACAAGACCCUUGAUCAAUAUUCCAAAAACGCUAAGUGAUGAUGGAUUAUGAAUAGGCAGAACUUGUUCAGAUGGAGGAGCAGGACCCUUGGUCAAUAUCGUAGAAAGGUUAAGUGAUUGUGGAUUAUGAAUAGGUAGAGCUUAUCGUGAUGGAGGAAUAGAACCUUCGAUCAAUAUCCUAUAAAAGUUAAUAUGUCAUGACCCGAUCCCAUGGGCCGGACCUGCACUAAGAUAUGGGCAGAUAUAAAGCCCCCGAGGCUCGUAAUAAGUUUUACUGUUCCCAAAUCCAUAACCAAUGCCCAAAAACUGAGGCCCAACAUGUAAAUAAAAUAAAAAUAAAAUAUAUCAUUUUAAUUCGGAUCAACCCAACCCAAUAA